AGUUCCCCGGCCGCGACCAGCCAGUGUAUGAGUCAUCGCUGAAGGGGGAGGAGUUGCCUGUAACGUUUCAAGUGACGCCACCGCCUCCCAUGUUAGUCAGCGAGUCCGAACAGGUGACUAGGAGGAAAUUCUCGCGCCGUGAGUCCAAGCAACCGCUGUCAACCAUGUUCACUCGAGCGCAGGCCGCCGCCACCACCACAGCUGUGUCGAAGCCUUCUGCCACCACCACAGCUGCCCUGCCACCUACCACCACCACAAACCCGGUUGACAGUGCCGCUACCACAAAUACAUCCGCCGCCAGUAGUGACGUAGUGCCUAGUGUUAGCCUCACCAUAACAGCUGUGGCUACGAGUUUAUCCGAUUCCUUCAGCACUGUGCCAGCGCUGGAUACACCCACUAUCACGAACAUAGUGCUGAACUCUCUCGAGGGCGUGCACAGCGGAGUGCCCACCCGUACCACGCCCACUUUGACGCCCACUACCCUCAGGAACAUCGAACAGACGUUUUUGGAGCUGUCGAGCGUUCCUCAGCCCGAAACGCACACAAACCAGGCGGGUUUUGUGCCUCCGCUCGUUCAGCCCACAGCCAGCAGCACCUACAUCUCGGUGGACAGCAAGUGUUGGGGGGGCGGAACCCUCACGCAGGUGCCGGCGCCAACCUCGUCCUCCUCUUCGUCAGCGUCCUCCGCGUCCUCAGCCACGGGCGUUGUGCAGGUACGCCCACAAUCGAGUCUCAUUUCGGCGAAUCCUGGACAGGCGCUGAACAUGCCGGCCCAGAUCCAGCAGGCUCCCGUCAGGAGGACCGGGGGGCGGAGACCUGUGAAGGACGAGAAGCUGUCCCUGGAGGAGGAGGAGCGGCGCUCCCUCCGCCGCGAGCGCAACAAGCUGGCGGCCGCCCGGUGUCGGAAGCGGCGGCUGGACCAGACCAACACCCUGCAGGACGAGACGGACGAGCUCGAGGAGAAGAAGAACGGCCUGCAGCAGGAGAUUCAGCUCCUGCAGCAGCAGCGUGACGAGCUCGAGUUCCUCCUGGCCACCCACAAGGCCGUGUGCCGCCGCCGCCAGCAGAUGGCGUCCACGACGGCCAACAACCUCACCAGCGGCACCAACACCACGACCUCCGGCGCCCCAAGAGCGAGGGCAGCCUCAACCGGCCCAGCCGACCCACCAGCCUCAAUGUGGCGCCCGUGGCCCUCCGCCCCCCCAGCGUGGCCGACCUGGGCGUCCCCAUAGAGACGCCCUCGGCGGGACUUCGUGGCCUUAACUUCGAGUCGAUGAUGGAGGGCGGCACCGGCCUCACGCCCGUCACCAGCGGCACGGGCCUCACGCCCCUGCACACGGGGCUGACGCCGCUGAGCACGCCCGUGGUGUCGGCGCCCGCCGUGUCGAGCGCGUCCAACAACUGCGGCUCGCAGCAGCGCUCGUCGUCCUCGGACCUGUCGUCGCCCGACUCCGUCCCGCCCAAGCUGGUGUCCCUCUGAGGCCCGCGGACCCUCGGCCCCCGCCCACGCCCCCGCCCACGCCCACACCGCUACGCCCUGAGAUCCCUGACGUCUGGGCUGCGCCCAUCGACGAAUGCGAGUCCCUGACAUGCAUCCGUCCCUCGUGUCCCCGCGAGACGCCCCCCGCGCCUCCGUUCCUCGGGCGCAGGGCGGAGGACCUCGCUGCCGGAGUCCUGCCCCGCUGCCGACGCCCGAGGCGCUUCUCCGGCCCAAGCUUCGCUCUCACUUCUUCUCUAACAUCGGCCUUUUCGUGGAUUCGAGUAAAGGAACCGUUUUGUCUAAAAACACAUCCAGGAAACGCAGUGUUCUUCGUUAACAAAUUUCGGCCUUAUGAACAAACGUCAGAGAGGUUUCAGUGCUAGGUCUAAAUAUAAAAAAGCAAUAUACAAACAUAUACAGGGAGGUAAUAAUGAUAUAUUCUUCGUUCAUUGUUAUUGAGUGUUUAAAUGUACCGAAAGAUCACAUAGUGGAUCUUAUGCCUUAAUGAAGCUAAUAAUUUUCCUUACUAUGCACUCAAAAAAAAUGUAAAAGCAACUCCUUUCAUGCAAUUAAUAUAUUUCAUGAGUUCUCUACGCUAUGCACCUAUUGACAUGCAAAACGUUGCAAUGUAGGCAAGACUUUGAGAUGCUCUUUGCCUCGUCAGAGAGAAAAA